UCGACGCAGAAGCGGAGAUAGAAAGAGAGAGCGUCCUGAGCAGCGCGAUCGAGACAGUAACAAUGAAUCAAGGCCAGAGCAGCUCUGCUGCAGACCAGGGUGUCACCGUCACCGAGUCCCUGGUGACAGAGAUGGCCCAGAGGCUAAGAACUCCGGCGCCGGAGGUGGACGCUUCCGUCGUCUGCCUCAUCUCCUGGGCCGGCAGCGACGGCUUCGACCGCCGGGACUACGAACCGGCCAACGUGCGCAUCGGCCCGUUCCACCGGGAUCCUUCUCACCCGACGGAGAACGAGAAGAAGGACGCGCUCCACCACUUGCUCCCGCACGACGACGAGCAAGGGCGUGCAGACGAUCUCAACCAUUACCUGGACGAGAUGGCUCGCGUCGUGCCCCGUGCGAGGGGGUGCUACAGCCGAUGGUUCAGCACGAUCGACACGGAGGAGUUCAAGUGCAUGCUGCUGGUGGACGGAUGCUUCCUGCACUCGCGCUUCGUCCCCAGCAGAGCAGCACCAGCGCCCGUCAACGACGACAUCUCGGUCGACCGCGACAUCGUCUUCCUCCUCGAGAACCAGCUGCCCUUCUUCGUCCUGGUGGAGGUCCAGAAGCUGAUCACGGCUGAUGCCGAGGAUAACUAUUCCGUUGUCGUCGACAACGUCCUAGGGCGCAUCCAAGCGCUGGUCCGGCUUAACGAGUACAGCGCCGUCACGGUGCCCCGCCCCACUACUCCUCCUUGCCACCUUCUUCACCUGCUCCACAUGUACUUCCGGCCUACAUCCCUGCCCCUGAACGACGCCCCGGCUAUUCCUCGGACGAGGAGUGCCGUUGCUGCUGCGCCUACACCUUCGUCGCAGCCGGCUCAGAUCCCGAUGCUUCCUCUCCGCAACAACCAGGGCGCCGCUGCUAAUGGAAACGGCGCAGCCAAUGAGGUCAUCCCACCACCACCUGGAGCCCCCGUGCGCCAGACGCGUUGGCGCGCGGCGACGUACUACCACACAGCCGGCGUGAGGUUCAUGGCGCGGAAGGUCGGCAGCGGGGACGGGGAGGCGCGAUCCAUCCUGGACGUGGAGCGGAGAGGAGACUGGCUCCACAUCCCUAUUCUGGCGAUCGACAACAACACGUUCCGGAUGCUGCGCAACAUGGUGGCGCUGGAGCAGAACAGCCCGCAGCUUCGCAGCUCCCACGUCACGGCCUACUGCCUCUUCAUGUCGCAGCUGGCCAGCACCAAGGAAGACGUGGAGCUCCUCGUCGCCAAGGGGGUCAUCGUGCACCUGCUCCACAGCGCCGACGAUGUCGCGGCGAACCUGGCCGGGCUCUGCGACGGCGUUGUCCUCGACGCGUACAACCCGGACUUGUGCUACCUCAGGGCGGAGCAUGCGGCGCUCGAGGAGGUCUGCCGGGACGGCUGGAAGAAGUCCAAGGCGUGGCUGCGGCACACCAAGUGCAACAACUAUUUGAUGGGGCUGGCCGUCCUCGCGGGUGCCGGCCUCUUCUUUUGCACGGUGGAGCAAUCGGUCUUUGCUGCGCUAAGCUAUUUUCAAGGGAAAAAAUAAAUAGUAUUGCAUAUUCCUCUC